ACAAACUAAAACAAAAGGGAGAGACAGUGAACCAGAUUAACAUGGCGAGUUUGAGGUGGAGCUUCUGUUUCUUGGUUCUUUAUGCAACCCUUCUUACCCACUGCCAUGGUCGCCGAUGCCAGCCAGAAAAACAUGUUGCCUUAUUCGUCUUCGGGGACUCACUAUUCGAUGCCGGAAACAAUAACUACGUCAACGUCACUGCUGAAUCCAAGGCAAACUUUGAGCCCUACGGAAUGACCACCUUUAAGUACCCCAACGGAAGAUUUUCUGACGGCCGGAUUGCCCCAGAUUUCAUUGCUGAGUACGCAAAGUUGCCAUAUAUUGCCCCAUAUCUGCAUCCUGGCUAUCAUCUAUUUGUCAAUGGGGCAAACUUUGCAUCAGCAGGAGCUAGUGCCCUUGGUGAAACGCAUCAAGGAUCGGCGAUACACCUAAAAACUCAACUGGGUUAUUUCAAGAACUUGGCGAGGCUGUUUAGACGAAAACUUGGUGAUGCAGGAGCCAGGAAAUUAUUGGAAAGAGCAGUUUACUUAAUAAGCAUUGGGGCCAAUGAUUAUCCUGGCUCUUCAAUAUCGAAUUCCAGCAGACCUUCCCCCUCUCAAGAAUACGUGGACAUGGUGAUCGGCAACUUGACAUUUGUGCUCAGCGGAAUAUAUGAGCAAGGAGGAAGGAAAUUUGGGUUUCCAAGCGUGCCGCCAAUACUUUUGCUACCAAGCAGGAGAGCAGGAACGGUGGCAAGCAAAGACGAAACAGAGAAAAUUACAGAACUCAUAAAACUGCACGAUAACACACUUUCUAGGGCCCUCCAGGAGCUAGAGAGACAGCUCCAUGGAUUUAGAUAUUCAAAAACCACACUCUCCACUUUUCUUAGUGAAAGAAUAAACAGUCCUUCAAAAUAUGGGUUCAAGGAAGGGGAGAUUGCAUGUUGCGGAACUGGUCCUUACAGAGGACUAUGGAGUUGUGGAGGAAAGAGACGAGUGAAAGAGUACGAAGUGUGUGGGAACCCCAGGGAGUAUGUGUUCUUUGACUCUGCACAUCCGUCUGAAAAGACCCACCAGCAACUUGCCGAGCUAAUGUGGAGUGGACCCCCCAAUCUCAUCGGACCUUACAAUCUCAAAGCUCUGUUUGAACUGUGAGAUCGAUGUAGCCUUGAUUUGAUGAGAAACAAGCAACUCGUAUAUGCUAUCAUCAACCACUAAAAUGAAAAUUGAACUUUCCUGAAAA